GGGCUGGCAAGGUUUGAUUGCAUAUGGAUGCCAUUCUCUUGUGCUGAUAGUUGAUGCCAAUACUGCUCAGACUUUACAGGUUUUGGAAAGACACAAAGCUAGUGUUGUCAAGGUUAAAUGGGCUAAAGAAAAUUACCAUCACAAUAUUGGCUCUCCAUAUUCUCUACGUUUAGCUUCUGCUGAUGUUACUGGAAAAAUAAUUGUAUGGGAUGUGGCAACAGGAACAGCUCGUUGUGAAAUACAAGAACAUACAAAACCAAUUCAAGACAUGCAGUGGUUGUGGAAUCAAGAUGCUUCUAGAGAUUUACUGCUUGCUGUUCAUCCACCUAACUAUAUCGUACUGUGGAAUGCAGACACGGGCACCAAACUUUGGAAGAAGAGUUAUGCUGAAAAUAUUCUGUCUUUUUCAUUUGACCCCUUUGAUCCAUCACACUUAGCUUUGCUCACCAGUGAAGGAAUAGUGUUCAUCUCUGACUUCUCUCCUUCCAAAGCUCCUGCCAGCUCAGGGAAGAAAGUUUACAUCUCUAGUCCCCAUUCCAGUCCUUCUCACAACAAGCUGGCUGCUGCUACGGGGGCCAAAAAGGCCCUUGAUAAAGUAAAAAUCUUAAUCAGUAAUGAAAAACCAAGUGCUGAAUCUGUAACACUCAACGACUGUCUUCAGUUGUCGUAUUUGCCUUCCAAAAGAAACUACAUGCUGUUAUUGUAUCCCAGAGAAAUUUUGAUUCUUGACUUGGAAGUGAAUCAGACAGUGGGUGUGAUUGCAAUUGAAAGAACAGGUGUGCCUUUCCUGCAGGUCAUUCCUUGUUUUCAGCGUGAUGGGUUAUUUUGCCUACAUGAGAAUGGUUGUAUAACUUUAAGAGUUCGAAGAUCUAACUGCAGUAUAACUGGAACUCCAAAUGAAGAGCCAGAUCCAGACCCAGUUCAGGAGCUGAUUUAUGAUUUAAGAAGUCAGUGCGAUGCAAUCAGGGUCACAAAAACAGUUCGACCCUUCAGUAUGGUCUGUUGCCCAGUGAAUGAGAAUUCUGCAGCUCUCAUAGUCAGUGAUGGCAGGGUAAUGAUCUGGGAAUUAAAAUCCAGUAUUUCUGGCAGAAGUGUGCGUAACAGCAGCUCAAGUGCAUCACCUUUGUAUUCCCCAGUCUCAUUCUGUGGAAUUCCUGUAGGAGCGUUCCAAAAUAAACUUCCAGACCUCUCAUUAGACAACAUGAUAGGGCAAGGCACAAUUGCUGGAGAAGAACAGUUAAAAAGUUCUUUUCUGCAAGAAGUGCACCUCAAAUUUCUGCUGACUGGACUUCUUUCAGGACUUCCUUUGCCUCCAUUUGCUAUCCGCAUGUGCCCACCGCUGACGACAAAAAAUAUUAAACAAUAUGAGCCAAUCCUUGCUGUUGGUACAAGUAAUGGUUCUGUCCUGGUGUUUCAUCUUACAAGUGGACUCUUACACAAAGAGUUAAGCAUCCAUUCCUGUGAAGUCAAGGGAAUCGAGUGGAUAAGCUUGACUGGGUUUAUUUCCUUUGCCACAUCAACUCCUAACAAUCUGGGGCUAGUAAGGAAUGAGCUGCAGCUGGUAGACCUACCAACAGGCAGGAGCAUCGCAUUUCGUGGGGAGCGAGGCAAUGAUGAGCCAGCAAUUGAAAUGAUAAAGGUGUCUCAUUUGAAGCAGUAUCUAGCUAUAGUAUUUAAAGACAAACCACUGGAGAUCUGGGAUGUCAGGACAUGCACUCUGCUCCGAGAAAUGUCUAAAAACUUCCCUACAGCAACUGCUUUGGAGUGGUCACCCUCUCAUAACUUAAAAAGCCUGAGGAAGAAGCAGUUAGCAGCCCGUGAGGCCAUGGCCCGACAGACAGUUGCAUCAGAUACUGAAGUUAGCAGCGUUGAAUCUUCUGUCAUCAGCUUGCUACAGGAAGCUGAAAGUAAAUCGGAGCUGAGUCAGAACAUUUCUGCCAGAGAGCACUUUGUGUUUACAGGUGCCGAUGGGCAGGUUUAUCAUCUCACAGUAGAAGGAAACUCAGUAAAAGACAGUGCAAGAAUUCCUCCUGAUGGAAGUAUGGGUAGCAUUACAUGUAUUGCCUGGAAAGGGGAUAUCCUGGUUCUUGGAGACAUUGAUGGAAACUUAAACUUCUGGGAUUUGAAAGCUAGAGUAUCCAGGGGUAUUCCUACACACCGAAGCUGGGUGAAAAAGAUAAGGUUUGCCCCAGGGAAAGGAAAUCAAAAACUUCUUGCAAUGUACAACGAUGGAGCAGAAAUUUGGGAUUCAAAGGAGGUACAAAUGGUGAGCAGUUUAAGAAGUGGAAGAAACGUUAAUUUCCGAAUCCUGGAUGUAGACUGGUGCACGUCAGACAAAGUGGUCUUGGCAUCGGAUGAUGGGUGCAUUAGAGUUCUAGACUUGUCCAUGAAACCAUCAUGUUUUAGAAUGGAUGAACAGGACUUGAUAGAACCUGCAUGGUGUCCCUAUCUGCUUGUUCCAAGGGCUUCAUUAGCUUUAAAAGCAUUCUUGUUGCAUCAGCCAUGGAAUGAGAAAUAUUCUCUAGAUAUUAUCAACAUUGAUUAUCCAGAGAAUGAAAAUAUUAAAAACCUUCUUCAAGAGCAGUUGAAUUCAUUGUCCAAUGACAUAAAGAAACUUUUGCUUGAUCCAGAUUUUACUGUCUUGCAAAGAUGUCUCCUAGUUGCCAGACUGUAUGGGGAUGAAUCUGAACUGCAUUUCUGGACUAUUGCUGCCCACUAUUUGCACAGCUUAUCCCAGGACAAGCCUGCAAAACCAGCAGACACAGCUGUCCUUCAAGAACAAUUGGUCAAUCCCUUGGAUAUAUGCUAUGACAUACUGUGUGAAAAUUAUUACUUCCAGAAAUUCCAACUUGAAAGGGUAAAUCUCCAGGAAGUGAAGAGAUCGACGUAUGAUCAUACCAGGAAAUGUGCUGAUCAACUUCUUCUCUUGGGCCAGACUGACAGAGCAGUACAGUUAUUGUUAGAAACGAGUUCAGAGAAUGCACAUUAUUACUGCGAUUCACUCAAAGCUUGCUUGGUCACAACUGUCACCUCAUCAGGACCGUCUCAAAGUACCAUUAAACUGGUAGCCACCAACAUGAUAGCCAAUGGGAAGCUCGCAGAGGGUGUACAGUUACUGUGUCUGAUCGAUAAGGCUGCUGAUGCCUGUCGCUACUUGCAAACUUAUGGCGAGUGGAAUCGUGCAGCGUGGCUUGCAAAGGUUCGUUUGAACUCAGAGGAGUGUGCUGAUGUGUUAAAGCGUUGGGUAGAUCACCUUUGCUCUCCACAAGUUAACCAGAAGUCCAAAGCCAUUCUUGUCCUCUUGUCACUUGGAUGCUUUACAAAAGUUGCAGAGAUGUUGCACAGUAUGAGGUACUUCGAUAGAGCAGCUUUAUUUGUUGAAGCUUGUCUGAAGUACGGGGCAUUUGAAGUUAAUGAUGAUACAAAUAAAUUGAUCCAUGCUGUAUAUGCAGAUUAUGCCAGAAGCUUGAAGCUCCUGGGCUUUAAACAGGGAGCAAUUCUUUUUGCCUCAAAGGCAGGAGAAACUGGUAAAGAGUUACUGAUUGAGCUCAAACAGCCUGAAGAGGAAAUGACACAAGAGUAAGAAUUUUCAGUUUAGU